GCGCGUUCUAGAGAGAGAAAGUUCGCGCAGAAGAGAGAGAAAGAUCCGUCGCGAGUGGAAGGGAGAGAGGGGGAGAGAGAGCGAGAGAGGACGAAGAUCCGAUCGAUCGAUCGAGGCCGAGCCGAGGAGGAGAGAGGUAAUCGAUUUCCGAAACCCUAAUUAGCUCUUUCAUGUUCGUGGCUGGCCUGAGUUGUAAAACCCUUGUGAUUUUGGCUCUCCUCGUCGUCGGAGGUUUUUAGGGUUUUACCUUGUCGUGUUCUCGACGGGGAAACCCUAGGUCGGACUGAUUGGGAGCCCGGAUUGGGUCUGGGAGAGGGGGCUGUUAGGGUUCUGCGAGUUUCAUGUAUGGCUUCGGGGCCUCCAGUAGGGGGUGAGGAUGGAGCUAGAGAGAUACAGAGAUACUCGGAGAACAAGGUUUACGCGAGGAAAGCUUUCAAGGGUCCAAGAAAGGCUGCUCUGACCAGCACAACCCCCACCGCCACCGCCACCGCCACCGCUACCGUCGCUGCAGAGGACACUCCUGCUUCAAACCCUAGCAAGGCAAAUGAAAAUAACGUCGACAACGAGAACAACAGCGGCGGCUCUAAGGAAGUUCCUUCGCAAACUGUAACUUCUGAGGGGGCUAAUCCGGCACCGGAACCGACAGUUCCCCCGCCACAGGAUACUAAUUUGACUCCGGAACUGCCGAUCCCCCUGACCGCGGAUGCUAAUUUGGCACUGCAACCGCGGCCGAUUCCCCCAUCCGAGGAUGCUAAUUUGGCACUGCAACCGCCAAAUUCCCAGCCUGAGGUUGCUAAUUCGUCGGAGCCACUGCCGGUUUCUGAACAUGAAGAUGCUAAUUUGACGCAGCAACCACCAGUUUCUCAGCCUGAGGGUGCCAUCUCAACGCCGCCACCACCGUUGGUUUCUCAAGCGGAUGAUGCCAAUUUCACUCCACAACCACCAGUUUCCCAAAUUGCGGUUGCCAAUUCAACUCUGCAACCGCCGGUUCCCCAGCCUGAGCCUGCCCCUGAUGGCUGCAGCCUCAACCAGCAACAGCCUGCAGCCCCAACCAUCCGAGAGCCUCCAUUGGGCAAUGGCUUGGUGGAAAAGACGGGAUUGGAUGGCAAAUUUAGGAUAAAUUUAUCUUCUCAGUCGAAGCAAGAGAUGCGAGAGCUGCGGAAGAGGCUUCAGGGUGAGCUCAACACAGUAAGGACUUGGGUGAAAAGGAUUGAGGAGAAAGAGGGGCAGAUUGUUGGGUUCAGUCAUUCGCAUGUUAUUGAACAUGAUGCAGUUGAUAACGGUGCUUCGAGGGCUCAUUCGGAGGUGGCUCCAGUCAGUGUUCCUCCUCCUCCUCUUCCUCCUCCUCCUCGUGAGACCAGGCCUCUGAAUCAGUUGAGUGUGUCUGUCCUAGAGAACAGUCAAGGCCUAACUGAAAGCGUAGAGAAAGAGAAGAGAACUCCGAAGGCGAACCAGUUCUAUAGAAAUUCUGAGUUUUUGCUUGCCAAGGAUAAGUUUCCACCAGCAGAGAGUAAUAAGAAGUCAAAAGCAAAUGGGAAGAAGAAAGGAGGAGAUCCUAGAGGUGGGCCUGGGAUGGGAGCAAAGUUUUUCAAGAGCUGUAGCUCUCUGCUUGAGAAAUUGAUGAAGCAUCAAUAUGGAUGGGUGUUCAAUACCCCUGUUGAUGUGGAGGGUCUUGGUUUGCAUGAUUAUUACAGUAUAAUCAAACAUCCUAUGGACUUGGGCACUGUAAAGGCGAGACUAAAUGCGAACAUUUACCGGACCCCGAAGGAAUUCGCAGAGGAUGUGAGGCUUACAUUUCACAAUGCAAUGACUUACAAUCCCAAAGGGCAAGAUGUUCAUUUUAUGGCUACAACUCUGUUGAAAAUAUUUGACGAAAGAUGGGUGAGAAUAGAAUCUGACUAUCUCCGAGAACUGAGGAUUGGGUUCGAUUAUGACAUGGGUAUUCCUACACCAAUACCGAGAAGGGCCCCUCCGUACCUCCAACCUCCUCUUGAUGUGAGGAGGGUAUUGGAUAGGUCCGAAUCUAUGACGUAUCCUUCUGAUCUCAGGCCAAAACCUAUUAGCAUUACACCUUCUGGACGGACUCCGGCACCUAAAAAGCCCAAGGCAAAGGAUCCGUAUAAGAGAGAGAUGACUUUUGAUGAGAAGCAGAAGCUGAGCACGAAUCUCCAGAAUUUGCCGUCUGAUAAGCUGGAUAAUAUAGUGCAGAUUAUACGGAAGAGAAAUUCUGCACUGUGCCAGCAAGACGAUGAAAUUGAGGUGGACAUUGAUAGCGUUGAUACCGAGACUCUGUGGGAGCUUGAUCGGUUUGUCACCAAUUACAAGAAGAGUUUGAGCAAGAACAAACGGAAAGCUGAGCUAGCCAUGCAAGCCAGAUUACAAGCGCAGCAGAAUGCUCCUGAUAAGGAUAUGGCCCCACCUGCCACGGAGGUGCCAAAAGAAACCGAUGCAGGUCAAAAGAUCGUUUCUUCUUCAUCCCCUGUCCAAGUGGAUAAACAAGGGGCUAACUCAAGUAGGUCAAGCAGUUCAAACAGCUCUAGCAGUGAUUCAGGCUCUUCUACUAGUGAUUCUGACAGCGACAGCUCUUCAGGUUCAGAUUCCGAUGCUGAGCAUUCACCAAGGACUUGAGCUUUGCUUAGUUCAGUGUGGCAGAUAUCAGCAAUUUAGAGUAGGCAACAAAUGGCCAAAGGAUUGUGGCAGGCUCGUUGUGGUUGGCAUACUAAGGAUAUCUUUGUUAACGAUAUCUCUGUGGCUCAUCACUGGUGCCUGUUUCUGGCCGUUGUAGUUAAAGUCUGUCCUCUUCUGUUGGGGGGAAAUUUGUAUAAUAUUUGGGGUAGUUGACGUUGAAAACAUUAGAUUAGAGUGUUUUCUUUGUGUAGCACGUGUAGAUUUGGUGCUAACUGCGCUGCCUGUUCCGAUUUAGUCGAUAAUGCUUCUGCUGCUGCUCUUAGAUUCAGCAUUCUUUUGCUGUAUACAGAAGAUUUGUAAUCCAAAAUUUCAUGAAGUAGCAAGUCCCUUGAUAACAAAAA